ACACUGUUGUGUGUACCUCACGGUCCUCACUCCUCAGUCCUCAAGCCUACGGUUGUUAGGGUUAGGGUUUGGGUUUAGCCUCUUAACUCCGGAGAUUCUACUUCUCCUCCUUCACUCUCUUCCAAUGGACCCAACAAAGAAGCGUAAGCUCGAAGAGAACGGUGUCGUCCCCUCCACAGAAAACGACUCCUCCCACCCGAAACUCACCCCCGAAGACGUCCGCAAAAUAGUCGACCGCAUCGACAAGGACAAGCUCAUCGAUAUCGUGGCGGCCGCUGCUUCCCGCCACGCCGACGUUCUGGACGGCGUCAGAUCCCUCGCAGACUCCGAUGCCUCCCAGCGCAAGCUCUUCAUCCGCGGCCUCGGCUGGGAUACCACCAUGGAUGGCCUCCGCAGCCUCUUCUCCUCCUACGGCGAGCUCGAGGAGGCCGUCGUUAUCCUCGACAAGCAGACCGGUAAGUCUAAGGGAUACGGCUUCGUCACCUUCAAGCACGUAGACGGCGCGUUCCUCGCUCUCAAGGAGCCCAGCAAGCGGAUUGACGGUCGCGUGACCGUUACGCAGCUCGCCGCCGCAGGGAACUCUGGUAACAACGUAAACGCGAACUCAGCAGACGUGUCUAUGCGGAAGAUCUACGUCUGGGAGGUUCCGCACGACAUGUCUCCGGAUAAGCUGUUAUCCCACUUCUCGUCGUACGGGGAGAUCGAAGAGGGGCCUUUGGGGUUCGACAGGUUCACUGGGAAGUCGAAGGGUUUCGCGCUCUUCGUGUAUAAGACCGCCGAGGGAGCACAGAUGGCGUUGGCUAAUCCGGUGAAGUCGAUCGACGGGAGGCAGUUGAAUUGUAAAUUGGCGAACGCAGAUGGGAAGAAAGGAAAGCAAGGAGGGCCGCCCGGACAAGUCGGGCCAGAUGGUGUUCCGGGCCAACUUUCGGGUACUGGGAAUGACGGGAUGGGUAUGGGUAUGGGUAUGGGUAUGGGAAUGGGAAUGGGAAUGGCGCAGGGUCCGAUUCCAGGGUCGCAGUACGGCGGGCCAGGCUCAAUCGGCACGUAUGGAGCGUUUCCUGGUGCACCGCCGAUGGGGAAUCAUUCAAUGAACUCGUCCUCGUUGGGUGGGCCGGGGUUGUCUUCAGUUAAUAGCCAGGCGCCAUCGUCUUUGGGUGGGACUGCUGGCUAUGGUACUGGGCUAGCUGGGCCGUAUGGUGGGUAUGGGGGCAUUGGUGGGACUAGUGGGGGUUUGGGCGCUGGUGCUGCUGCGGGUGGGUCCUCUUCGUUGUAUAGAUUUCCGCCAGGUUCGGUGGGAAUGCCCUCUGGUGGGUAUCCGGACAGUGCGCAUUAUAGCUUGACGUCAUCGGCGGGGUAUCCGACUCAGCACCACCAGCCAGCCGGAACCUCGCCGGUGCCAAGGGUUCCACCUGGUGGAGGAAUGUACCCUAACGUACCGCAUUAUUUUUGAGGAAAGACAUGAGCCGUUUCUUUUAGUGGUGCCCAAAGAAGGUGUAUGAGAGCUUAUUCGGCGCUGAUGCUUUAUGUGGUUCUGGUGAUUGCGUUAUUGCAGAGUUUGAUGAAUGCAUUAGCUGUUCCUUUUCAGCCUCUCCGUCUUCACCUUUUGUAUUGUGGUUCUUUUGAGUGCUUGUAGUCAAGGCAACUGAGUUAGACUAGUUAUGUACUUCAAUCAGGAACCAUUGUGUCCAUCUUGGUUUUUUUAGUCAAUAAUAUAGUUUUAGUAACACAAGUAAUGAAACUAUGUUUUGCCUUCGUUAUUUGAGUGGAUGUUUGGUUUCAUAUAUUUCAGGUCAAGUUUUCCUGUCUUUUAUAUGGCUUCUCCUUGGUAUAUUUACUUCUUCAACCACUCUCUACAUAACUUAUAAAUGCAAGAAAAUAUUUUUUUAAUAGAUGCAAUUAUAAAAAAAUAAAUGUAUGGUAUGUUUGGUGGUGAAGAAGUCUGCAGGGGAAGGUUUAUUUACUUGCUUGAUGAAAGAGAAUAUGUUGUAUGGUGCAAUCAACCUCCUAGUGGGGAUUUCAGUGCUCCUUAUACAUGCUGUUUUGGCAGUUGUAUAUUUAAGAUGGUGUGCACUAUCUAUGUCGGAUUUUCUUUUAUCCCAGCUGUUAUGUUUUGUAGGUGAUUUUAUUUUUUAGGUUAGUUGUGUGGUACAUACACUGUUUCUAUUUCUGUCUAAGUUUGUCAUGUUCGUGCACAAUAUGGUUUGUUCGAGUUUAUAUUUGAAUUGUCCCACAAUUGUCUUGUGGGAUCAGAGAGCUCAUUUUGUAUGCCAGUGGUUAAUUAAAUUCUUUGCUUUUUGUGUUGGUUAUUGUGGAAGUUGUACUGUGCUAAAUGAAGGUGCCUGCUUUCGUGACCUUUUCAUUUGACUUUCUUGCAUUGGCUGUGGAACACCAUGCGAUCUGUAGUUGACACUUGUUAAGGGGAUGUUGUGAACUGAUCAAGAUGUGUUCCAGUCUCACAGAUUUUGUUCUGUGAUGACCUGGGUUCCUUGAGUGGCAGUUGGAGAUGUGUCGUGGUUACCAUUAUGUUUUUUUUUUCUUUUUUUCCACUCAAUAUUUUGAUCCUUCUACAUAUUACAUCAGAAAAAGGCUGCAUUGUGUUUUCAACCCAGAUCUUCACCACCUUCCAAAAUAAUCUGCGCUCUUGAAGGCAUGCUUUUCAAUUUGUGGUGUGAGCAGUGGCUGAUUGUUUUUAUUUAGCUUUGUAACUUGCUAGACCUGUCUGCUCCGUGAUUUUUUUUCAUUUUUCGUUGUAAUUUUCAUGAAUCCUUCUCUCUCUCACAUGUAGUUUGCCUUCCGACUAAGAUGCAUUUCGGAGAUGGUCUAUUUCCGUUUAUCUUGAAUUUCAAUAGUUACCAAGUUUAAAUUUACCAUUUUCGCUGAACUUCGAAAUCUAUUUCACAACUUCGUGAAGUUAGUCAUUGACUCAAGCCGUUUUGGCUGCUUUUCAUAAAAGAUUGUCUAAGUAUUGCAGCCUGGAUCACACUAGGAUUGUAAUAAGUUGGGUUGCCAAAUUGGGGGGCAUUUCUGUCCUGAAUUGUGUCGAGCAUGCUUAAAAUUAAGGUAUGGUAUUGAGGUACCUCUUAGGGUUUUGUUUACGAGCAUGCCAAAUUAGGAGAUUUCUUUGUCACGAGUAUGGAGAAUUUUGGAGACUGAAAUAGACCCCACUAUACCCUUUUUAGAGUUUUGGUACGAUUUGCACCCUCCAAUUAAGUGUGGUCUUGGAAGUAACUGUUAUUAUAAGGGAAAUACUCUAACCACAAAGAGAUUACACAAAAGUAAUCUCACAAAUUGACGUGACUUGAUGUGGUUUGUCAGAUUAUAAAGUUAUUUUUAUUGUAAAGUAGAUCUAACGGAUUAAAUAAAGUCACGUCAGUUUGUGGGAUUGUUUUUGUGUGAUUCUUUUGUGAAUGUAGCUGUACUCUGCAUAUUUCUUGCAAGAAGGUUGUUGACACCUCAUCAGUAAUCCUUGUUUAUUUUUAUAGAAUGCAUAUGAAACUGAACUUGCCUGGUAUUUAAUGGUAUGUAUAUGCAAAUGGAUAUAAACCUUCUAGGAAGUUGGCUGGACUAGACCAUGGGAAUUGUGUGACAUGGAACUGGUUGAGAUUAAAUUAGUGGCUGACUUCGUCUUUUGUUUCUUGGUUUCUUUUCCCCAUCCUGUCGACUUGUUUGGUGUGUAUGUGUUGCUUUUGUGUUUGGCUGGUAUGAGGCCGAAACUGGGGGGCCCGAGAUAAUUGUUGGAGCAUGGCUGGCCGAGAUGAGGCUGGAUGGAUGUGCAACCCUUGCCGCUGCAUAAUUACUGGAACCUGCGGCCGUUGCCAUUUUGUGUACGGUGGACUACAAUGUAUUUAAUAGCUACAAUUUUUUCCCAUUUCAAUUGAAAAAGAAAACCAUAUUAGAUACGGUUUACAUGUAAGUAGGCAAUGAAGUUGAAUCCGUGUAGAUACGGUUGCAUGUGUGAUUUCUCAA